AUGCCGGACGCACGACUCGUCGAUUCGAAAGCGUCCUUCGCUUCAUUCUCAAACGUACUGGACGCUCGGCUCCUCCGCGCUCUCGCAGACCUCGGAUUCGCCAGACCCACUCUCGUCCAAUCAAAAGCGAUACCACUUGCAUUGGAGAACCGGGACAUUCUUGCUAGAGCGCGUACGGGCAGUGGCAAGACGGCUGCGUAUUGCAUACCGGUCGUGCAAAAGAUCUUGAAUAACACUGCUGCGUCAAGCUCAGAUUCGCAGAGCACUCGCGCUCUCAUCCUUGUACCCACCCGCGAGCUCUCUGAGCAAAUCUCUGCGCACCUGCGGGGUCUUGUCACUUACUGCGACAAAGAGGUCACGAUUGCAAACGUCUCCUCAGGGACUACACAUCAUUUACAACGGACACUACUCUCGGACAAGCCGGACAUCGUAGUCGCUACUCCUUCCAAAGCCCUCGCUCUCUUGCAAUCCAAGGCAAAUACUACCCUUGUCAUCGAUGAAGCCGACCUCAUUCUCUCAUACGGUCACGACGAAGACGUCAGGCAGAUUUUCAGCAGCGGGUAUUUGCCGAAGGUCUAUCAGUCGUUCCUGAUGAGUGCGACUAUGACGGAUGAUGUGGAGCAGCUGAAGGGCCUUGCGCUGAGGAGUCCAGUGAUCCUGAAGCUUGAGGAAGACGAGGACGAAGCCGCGAACUUGACCCAAUAUUCCGUUCGAUGCUCAGAAGUCGACAAGUUCCUCUUGAUAUAUGUGAUCCUAAAGUUGAGGCUCAUCAAAGGAAAAUGUAUCAUCUUCGUUAACGACGUCGACCGGUGUUACCGCUUGAAGCUCUUCCUCGAACAAUUCUCCAUAAAAAGCUGCGUCCUGAAUUCCGAGUUACCACUGAACUCGAGAUACCACGUCGUCCAGGAGUUCAACAAAGGUGUAUAUGAAUACAUCAUCGCUUCGGACGAGAGUAUCAAGAAGGGUGAGCAAGACGUUGAGUCCGAAGAGGAAGAUGCUGCUGAAACGAAAGACGAUAACUGUGAUCAAUCCAAAUCCCGUAAGCGAAAACAUCGUCACAAGGGUGAAGGCGACAAGGAAUACGGCGUUACACGUGGCGUCGACUUCGUUGAUGUCUCGUGUGUCGUCAACUUUGACCUUCCGCCGUCAUCACGCUCCUACACACAUCGAGUCGGACGGACGGCGCGCGCAGGCCGCUCGGGCAUGUCGCUGUCCUUCGUUGUACCAGAAAAGGAGUGGGGCAAGAACAAGGUUGUUGGCUGCGUGGAGAGCACGAAGAAGGACGAGAAGAUUUCUGCGCGGAUUGAGGCCGAGCAGGCCGCGCGGGGGAGUAAGAUCAAGGAGUACAAGUUUGACAUGAAGCAGGUCGAGGCGUUCCGGUAUCGUAUGGAAGACGCUCUCCGUGCUGUCACGAGAAGCGCAGUCCGGGAGGCGAGGAUCAAGGAGCUGAAGACGGAGAUCUUGAACUCUGACAAGCUCAAGGCACACUUCGAGGACAAUCCUCUUGACCUCGAGUAUCUCCGCCACGACAAGCCGCUGCAUCCUGCUCGUGUUCAGUCGCACAUGAAGCACGUACCUAAGUACAUGCUACCGAAAAUUGCUCCAGUAGCAGGCGCAGAGGCUCCAGCUGACAGCGUUGCGCAAGAUGUCGGGUUCGUUCCGUUCAAGAAGGGUGGCGACAGAGGGCGUGGGCGGGGAAGAGGAAGAGGAAGAGGUGGGAAGAAAAAAUCUGACCCGCUGAAGAAGUUCGGUCGAUAA